AAGUUUAUGAUUGAAACAGACAUCAGCUGAGAAGUGAGGAGUUGUAUUUGACAAUUCUUCAAGUUUGUAAAUAUGAGUUGUACAGUACCAAGAAAUCAAAAUAACUAAUGAAAAAUGGUGAAAGACGAUAAAUUAUUUUUCCAUAGGACAGUGCAUGAAUUAGCACAAUCCCUUGCAGCAAUAAAAAAUGUUUCUUGGGAAAAAGUCCAACCCUUGUUUUCCUUAUGUCCAACAGAAAAUUCUAGUGGAGGAAUUACCAUCAGUACAAGAAAUCAAGAUGCUGUCAUAGCUUUAGGAAUAUUUCUUCUAGAAUCAGGUUUACAGCAUAAAAAUCGUAUACUACCAUAUCUAUUGAAUAUUGCAAAACUUAUUGAAAAGGCCAACUGGAGUGAUGAAAAUAAAAUAAACAUAACUGAUAGAAUCCCAGUUGCAGAAAAAUUCAGCUUUUGCCUACACACUCUACUCUGCGACAUAGCAGUCAAAAGCGAACAUGAUUUAGAAGAAAUAGUUGAUCUUCAAGUGAAAUGUUUAGUUUCAAUAACUCAGAGUAUUAAGAAAUAUCAAAAUGCUGAAAGUCUUAGCUCAUCAACUAAACUUUUCUUGUGCAAAACUACUCUACCUGUCCUCAUCGGCCUUGCUAGAGCAAUGGGUAGGUUUUGUACCUUAGAACCACCCUUAAUAUGUCAGUUAUUCCCUAAGAAUAUUGAAACUCCUGUUUCUGUCAAUUCAAAUAAUGAUGGUACCAAAAGAAGUUUUAGUAAUUUCCGUUCAAUAAUACCAAGAAGUUUGAGUUGUAAUCUCUCCAACUCACUUGAGGGAUAUGAUACUACAGAUAUUGCAUACAAUUCUCAUUCCUUGAAACGUGGUUCCCUCAUUACUCAAAACCUAGGAAAUUAUGAUAUUACUACUUAUUUUUUUGCUAAAUUCGGAUCCUCUUUCAAUCAAUUCCCAUAUCUCAGAAUCACAGACCCAGCAGAUAAAAAAGAAAAAUUUGUCUUUCCCUUGAACAAACUACAGACAAUUUUAGGUCUUAGUAAGCAAUUAUUGACAAAAGAUACCCUCAAAUUUCUUGAUGAACAAAGUUUAGAGGUGUAUUCCACAAAUAAAAUAAAAAUUUUUCCUUAUAAAACUUUUUCUGAAACAAUUAACUUGGUAAUGGUAACCUUGAUGAGGGAGCUGUUACAACCGCAAAAAGAAUUACCAGUAGGUUUCACAAAAGAUGUCCAAGAAUUUGUAAAAGGAUUAUAUUUGAAUGGACAGACAGAAUUACAAAGUAGAAAUCAUGAUGCCAGCGAGAGAGAAGAUCGAGAGAGUAAUUAUGCACUAGUAAAUAAAUUCAAAGUGAAUGUAAUGGCCAAUGCUGCAUGUGUGGAUCUUCUUGUUUGGGCUAUAGGUGAUGAAACUGGUGCUGAUAGUUUAUGUGGAAGAUUAACAGAAAAAAUCAAUUCGAAUCAUGGAUAUCGAUUAGUAUUAGCACAUAUGCCUCUACUUAUGGUCUGUUUAGAAGGCCUAGGAAAGUUGGCAGAAAAAUUUCCAAAUAUUGCUAGUACUUCAAUAUAUUGUCUAAGGGAUUUCUUGAUCACACCUUCACCUAUUUUAUCAAAACUCCAUCGUCAAGCUAAUGAAAAAAGCAGCAAAGAUAACAAUAUCAAAAUUACAGCCCAAAAUGGAACUUUGAAAGUUGAAACAUCAAAAAAUCCCAGUCAAACCCAAAUGGCUUUCGAAAAAUUGCGUGAUGCUGCUAUAGAAAAUUUAUGUUACUCUCUUAGUGCUGCCCAUUCUUUAGAUCCAGAUUGUGUAAGGGCUCUAGUAGCUAGUGUGUCUAACAGAUUAUUUACUGCAGAAAAAAGCGAUAGUGAAUCUACCCUGAUAUCGACAAAUAUAGUGAUAAUGCUAGGUCAUGUGGCAGUUUCAAUGAAAGGAACCCCAAAAACUACAGAUACCAUUCUCCAAUUCUUCCAACAGAGAUUUUGUAGGGUUCCUUCAGCCUUGGACACCCUCAUAGUUGAUCAACUUGGAUGUAUGAUAAUAGCACAAUCUGAACCUCAUGUUUAUGAAGUGGUGAUGAAAAUGUUCACAAUGAUUACUGUUGAAAGUAGCAGUGCUGCUUAUGGUCAUGCUGGAAGUGAAAAAACACAAUAUAGGCAUGUAUCUAGACCAGUGAUCAAUGCAUUGGCAAAUAUAGCAGCAAAUAUACAGGGUGAACAACAAAUGAAUGAAUUACUUGGUCGACUCCUAGAGCUCUUUGUACAGUUGGGACUCGAAGGAAAAAGAGCUAGUGAAAAAUCACCAGGUGCACUCAAAGCAUCAAGUUCUGCAGGAAAUCUAGGAGUAUUGAUACCAGUUAUAGCAGUUUUGCUGAGAAGAUUACCGCCAAUUAAAAAUCCCAAACCAAGAAUUCACAAAUUGUUCAGGGAUUUUUGGUUAUAUUGUGUUAUAAUGGGUUUUACUGCAUCAGAAUCAGGUUUAUGGCCUGCUGAGUGGUAUGAUGGCGUCAAAGAAAUAUCUGUCAAAUCUCCUGCCUUAAUAUCUCCCACAUCAAGUAGAUCCGAAAUGAGGGAACUGCAAUAUACUAGUGCUGUGAGGAACGACAGUGUAUCAAUUACGGAACUCCAAGAAUUGAGAAACCAAAUUUUGGAUUUGUUGAAACAUCCUACAGAUGUUACAGCUAUAGUUAAUAAACUUUCCUUUGCUCAAUGCACAUUUUUAUUGAGUGUUUAUUGGGUUGAAACCUUAAGAAUUCAAUAUUCAGAGGAACCUUCAUUGGUUACAAUUAUCACUGAUUACCUCAGUGAUUCUGCUCUGCAAAAGGACAAAGCCGGUAUGUGGAGCUGCGUUUCUUCUGUGAGUGAAAGAGUUUUUGAAAAGUUCCUAGAAGUGAUGAAGAAUAAACCGAAGAACGCUGCAAGGGAAUUGGAACUUGAGAAGCAUGCCCAAUUUUUACUUGUCGCUUUCAACCAUCCUCAUAAACAAAUCAGGAGGGUCUCCGAUAGAUUUUUGUCAAGCCUUGUAGAUAAGUUUCCACAUCUAUUAUGGAGUAGGAGAGUACUAUGGACAAUGUUAGAUAUCCUCCAGGUAUUAUCUAAUUCUUUAAGAUUAGAUCCAAAUCUGUCCACUCCUGACUUGAGAAUUCCACAGACUCCUUGGUCUAUUCAACUAAUGGAUACUUUAGAAGCAAGAGAAGGCAUUGUUAAAGAUUUCGCUGCAAAUUCAGAGCGUAUAAUAAAAGAAGCUAUAAAAUGGGCUCCACAGUGGACUAGGAGCCAUAUCCAAGAAUAUAUAAAUCAAGUUGUACAGUCAGAUUUGUGGCCUCAUACUGGUUUGUCAAUGGCUUUGGAAUCUCUUUUGCAAUUUGGUCCUCUUAAUCUAUACAGUUUACCUUUGAGUAUAAGUACUUUAGAAAAGAGGCCUAAAUGUGUUAAAAGCGAUUCUUCGAAAUUGAUGUUGACCAGUUCUUUGAGAGCUAAGUAUACUGGAGAAAUUCAAGGUAUGAUGACUGUAUACUGCUCUCAUCCAAACGAUUUAGAUGAUACUAUAUUGAAAAAAGUAUGGAAGUCUUGCAAGGAAAAGCAAGAUCACCUACACAAUGAAGCUCUCUGGCAAGCUACUGCUCUCUUGAUAUCGAACAAAGAACUGAAUAGGAAUCUCUUACACUGUAUUGCUUGGUCACAAGUUGAAUUAUUUACUGAAGAUGCUAUGAAAACUGCAGUAGAAUGCUGGCAGUGGCUGAUAACUUCCAAACCAGAAUUGGAAAUAAGAUUUCUUCAAGAAAUGGUAGCUGCUUGGAACUUCACUGUUCAGAGAAAACUAGGAAUAUUUUCACCUGGAAUGAAUGGCACAAGUCCCUUAGCAGCAUUCGAAGGAUGUAAUCUAUCAACCAAUCCUCCAUUUAUCAGACCUCAUGCUAUAUGGGUUCAAUUUAUCUGUGAACUUGUUGAAACAGUUAAAUACAGCAGUUAUGAAAAGGUUGAAAUGUUAGCAGGACUUAUACAUCGAUCUUUAGGUAUGACAGUUGGAGCUAUGCCUCCUAAUCAAACUAGACAUGUAGCAGCAAUAGGUGUGAGAUUCAAGCUACUCACUUGUGGAUUGUCUCUUCUUCAAGGGGAUAUUUUGCCAAAAAGCUUGGCCAAAAAUGUUUUAAGAGAACGUAUCUACUGUAGCUGUCUUGAUUAUUUCUGCAAAACAGUCACAUGCCCAACUCAAAGUGCUUCAGAGUUGAGAGAAGACAUUACAACUUUGGUUAGGUUCUGGCAGACCCUACAUUCCGAUAAAAAGUACUUAAAAGCUAGUGAUGUAGGCGACUUGGACCUCGGAAUUACACCAUCUAAUAUGCCAAAUGCCACUCUAAGUGAAUUAGCGAAACCAGGAAAUAUAAGUACAACAGGAAGUAUAACUUCUGGUUGGAUUAAUACUGUUCCAUUGUCAACUAGUACAAAUACUUUGAGUAAAAGAUCUGCUAAGUCUACCAAUACUAAACGACCUCAAUUAGCGGAUGGAUUUAUCAAAUGUUACUUAAAAAAAAGAAAUCUUAUAUUGGAACUCUUGGCCGUGGAAAUCGAGUUUUUGAUUGCGUGGCACAAUCCAAAUAGUAGAACUGAGUGGUUAAUUCCUGGUGAAGAUAAUAUAGCUUCCUGGAGAGCUAAGACGAUAACAGAGAAACAGUGGCAUGAUUAUACAAGAUUAGCUUGGGAUAUAUCUCCGGUUUUAGCAGUUUAUCUUCCAACAAGGUUUAGAAUGAAUGAUGCUAUUAUAAGCGAAAUAGAGCAUCAGGUUCGAUUAGACCCUGUGUCUGUUUUUCACAUACCUGAAGCCUUACAGUAUUUAGCAACAACUGACAAUAUACUUAAUGAUAAUAUAAAACUGGUACAUAUGCUAACUUGGUCAAGAAUUUCCCCAAUUCAAGCUUUAGCGUAUUUUAGCAGACAGUUUCCUCAUCAUCCCAUAACUGCCCAGUAUGCAGUAAGAGUACUUAGUUCAUAUCAAGCAGACGCUAUACUGUUUUACAUUCCUCAGAUAGUUCAAGCUUUACGACAUGACUCUAUGGGUUACGUCACGGAAUUCAUCAAAUACAUUGCUAAUAGAUCUCAAAUAGUAGCCCACCAACUCAUAUGGAACAUGAAGACCAAUAUGUACUUGGAUGAAGCUAUGACAAAAAAAGAUCCUCUCUAUGAUGUGUUGGAAAUUCUAGUGAACAACAUCAUACAGAAUUUUUCUGGAGCAUCAAGGCUUUUUUAUGAAAGAGAAUUUGACUUCUUUGAAAAGAUAACAAGUAUUUCUGGUGAGAUAAAACCUUAUCCUAAAGGGCCAGAACGUAGAAGGGCCUGUCUGGAAUGCCUAAGCAAAAUAAAAGUUACUCCAGGAUGUUACCUUCCCAGUAACCCUGAAGCAAUGGUCUUAGAUAUUGACUAUAAGAGUGGUAUUCCGAUGCAAAGUGCUGCCAAAGCACCAUAUUUGGCAAGAUUCAAAAUAGCAAAGUGUGGAUUGAGCGAGAUGGAAAAGAUGGCUAUGGCGAUCUCUUUGAAUCAGUGGACUGAAGAACAAAGCAUGGGCCUGGAAACAUGGCAGUCUGCAAUUUUUAAGGUGGGAGAUGAUGUAAGACAAGAUAUGUUGGCUCUUCAAGUAAUUGGAAUUUUCAAAAAUAUAUUUCAAAGCGUAGGAUUAGAAUUGUAUCUGUUCCCUUACAGAGUUGUAGCAACAUCACCUGGGUGUGGUGUUAUUGAAUGUGUUCCAAAUGCUAAGUCCAGGGAUCAACUUGGUAGGCAGACUGAUAUUGGAAUGUAUGAAUACUUUUUGAAAACAUAUGGAGACGAGAGUACCAAAGAAUUUCAAAAUGCGAGAAGAAAUUUUAUAAUAUCAAUGGCUGCAUAUAGUGUUGUUGGAUUCUUAUUACAGAUCAAAGACAGACACAACGGAAAUAUUAUGUUGGAUAAAGAUGGGCAUUUAAUACAUAUUGAUUUUGGAUUUAUGUUUGAGUCGUCACCAGGUGGAAAUCUUGGUUUUGAGCCCGAUAUUAAGUUAACUGAUGAAAUGGUCAUGAUUAUGGGUGGAAAAAUGGAAGCUGCACCUUUCAAAUGGUUCUCUGAACUUUGUGUUGAGGCUUAUUUAGCCGUCAGGCCUUACCAAGAUGCAAUUAUUACUUUAGUAUCAUUGAUGUUGGAUACUGGACUUCAAUGCUUUCGUGGACAAACAAUCAAGCUUCUUCGAGGUAGAUUCAGUCCAGGUGCAACUGACAGAGAAGCAGCAGCAUAUAUGUUGCAAAUUAUUCGAAAUAGUUUCCUUAAUUUCAGGACUAGGACAUAUGAUAUGAUACAAUAUUAUCAAAAUCAAAUUCCCUACUAACCAUACCGUAUCAAUAAUGCAUUUAUCUUCCAGAUAUUUAGAAAAAUUUAUAUCUAAGUCAUUUUAAGAUAGUUCCAGUGUUUGAAAUUUGUAGUUAUAACUUUUUAAUUGUCUAGUCGUUGGAUUUUUAGGACUUUUUAAUUCUGUUAAUCUUUUGAAAUAUUAUCUACUCCAUUUUAUUAUAUAUUUUCAUCUAUAGGUAAUAAGUAAUUACUUAAUUUUUAUAGUCAACUUGGUAUUUUAUUGAUUAUAGUUAUAAAUAAUAUUGAAUGAAGAUUUAUUGAAAGUUAUUUCAGGGUGAAAUAAAAUAUAAUGAUUAAA